AUGCGAAUUCUGUCUUGGAACAUAAAUGGUAUUAGGACCCUCCCCCAGUAUCACCCAUGGAACACGUUCAAGUCGUGCGACGGCAUACUGGAGGAGCUCAAAGCCGACAUUAUCUGCUUUCAAGAGAUGAAGUCAUCGCGAGCGACGCUCCCGCGUGACGUGGGCGUGCCCGACCCAUACCACGCUCUACUCUCCUUCCCCACGAAUAAAGGCGGGUACAGUGGAGUCGCAGUGUAUACCGACUCGCGCAAGGUCGUACCUUUGAAAGCCGAGGAGGGCCUCUCGGGCAGGCUCCAACCGAAGCCGCCGCUCUCGGAGGAAGAGCGAAUAUCACCCUCAUACCCCUAUCCGCACAGCAUGGACCUCUUCGCGGAUGAAAACGGCGGAGUGCCCUCCUCGUUCGACAACCUCGACAGCGAGGGCCGCGGCCUCGUCGUCGACUUCGGGCUCUUCGUUCUUAUCAACGUCUAUUGCCCCAACGAGACUUCAGACGCACGCCUGUCGUUCAAGAUGAACUACCACCUGCUGUUGCAGGAGCGAGUCCGCAAGUUGGUGGAGGAGGAGCAUCGGGAGGUCAUCGUCCUCGGCGAUAUCAAUUCGUGCGCGGCGCCUAUCGACUCAGCCGAAGGCCAGUUGCCUAGUGUGAGCGAAAACUUCUAUGUGCACCCCGCGAGAGCGUGGUUUCACAAGUGGCUUAGUCCUAAUGGACCUAUGACGGACAUUAUCCGCGAGCUGCAUCCGACACGCAAGGGCAUGUAUACCUGUUGGAAUAACAAACUUCAGGGACGCGAGACAAACUACGGUGCUCGAAUAGACUAUAUCCUCGUCACCAAGGGGCUCCUCCCAUGGAUUUCCGGAGGCGACAUCCAGCCUUCGCUCAAAGGCUCAGACCACUGCCCAAUAUAUAUCGACCUGCACGAGCAGAUCACUCUCGACUCGGGAGAAGUCCUGACGUUGCGCGACGCCAUGAAGCAGCACGCGGACCUCAAAGAACCCCCUCGGCUUGUCGCAAAGUUCUGGCCCGAGUUCGCUGGGAAGCAGACCGUGCUCUCCGCGUUCUUCGGCAAACAAGUCGUCUCAACCACAGCGAAGACGGAUCCCAGCCCCACCCCGCCCCUCUCACAGUCCCCGUCGUCCUCGCAGACCCCAGCACCCACCGCCUCCAGCGCGUCUCCCACCCCCGCCCCCGCCCCCGCCCCCGCCCUGCGUACACAGCCCGCCGAGCCCCCAGCGAAGAAGUUCAAGCCGUCACAGACGACGCGCGCGAUCUCCGCCCCGUCGGUGAGCAAGCGCAAGCCCGCCGCGCUCGCCGCGAGCUCCUCCGCGCCGACGAAGAAGCGGAAGCAGGGCAUGGGCCAGGCAAGCCUCGCGUCCUUCUUCGCCAAGCCCCCCGCCUCGAGCUCGAAGCACUCCCCAUCGCAGUCGCAGUCUCACUCGCAACCCGAGGUGAUCCAGGUCGACGACAGUGACGACGACCGCCCCGCGUCCUCCCAGCCCCAGCUGCCGCCUGCAGACGACGACACGGACCAGCUCGACGCAGACCGCCGCCUCGCCUGCGAGCUCGCCGCCGACUCCUCGCCGUCCUCCCAGUCGUCGUCACAAACACCAGGCGCCGGCGCCGACAAAGACGCGUGGUCGGCGCUUUUCGCGAAGGUGCCCCCGCCGCUGUGCACGGUGCACCAUGAGCCCGCACGGCUCUGGACGGUGAACAAGCAGGGCCCGAACAAGGGCAAGCGCUUCUACCUGUGCGCGCGCCCGGUCGGGCCUGGGUUCGACAAGGGCCGGGGGGAGCGGCUGCGGGAGGAGGUCGACCCGCAGUAUCGGUGCAGCUACUUCAAGUGGGCGAGCGAGGUGCGGAGGGAGGCGUUGAAGGAGAAAGGCACGGGGAAGGGGAAGGGGUAG